AUGGCUCCAGUCAAAAUAGAAAUAAAUCUUGUUUACUUGGUCAGUAAAGUAUCUUCCGUCGGCUUUCAGAAGCUCUCCGAGCUCGGUCGAUUUUCACCAUGGAUCGCCGUCACUUCCUGCGCCAUUCGUCCGGACGAACUCACGAGACUAGAGGAGACGCGAAGGAAUUUCCAGAGGUACAAAAUCUCCAGCUCCAGAGAUCAAAGAAAUUACUUCGCCCGAAAAAGAGAGUCAACGCGCGAGUCGACGAACGAAGUUGAGCAGGAAGAUGAGAAACGAGGCACUAGCAUGAUCAACUUCAACGGUGCGAUUGGUAUCCUGAUGCUUCUACUGACCCUCGGCCUCGAGGCGGUCACUAUCGUGAAUCACCAUCCCGACGAUGAGUACGUCCUUAAUCACGAAGUCCUCCGCGAGGAUGCGCUGGCCGAAGCGAAGAAAAUGGAGUUAUAUUCUGACACGAUCCAUUCUAUCAGCUUGGAAACAACCGAUAUGCACCUCGUGACUUUAUCGAGAGCUAUCGUCGCAUCGCAGGCGACAGCCGGCACGGACGAGAAAGGACCUAUUCCGGGCUGCAAGGCGUGCAUCAGCUCCGAGAUGACUUACUGCUCGGACGGCAGAGUCAUCGAAGAUCACUGCUGCUGCGAGGGAAACACCAACAAAGUGUUCCCCUUCGUCGAGCACACCUGUCGCGUGGGACCAGAGGAAUGCAAAGUGCAGGCUGGAAACUGCGCGGAAUACACGAGACUGCGGGAAUGCUGUUGCCAUUCGUACUUGGCCUCCGUCUGGAAAUAUCUGGCGACCGGCGCAGGAUCGGGCGCCGACGUGAAGCACACGAAGUUCCUGUUGAUCUUAACGGUGCUCCUGUUGCUGACCUAGAAGCAUACUCGCCGCAACGCCAAAUAUUUUGUACAGUACCGAUUACUUUAAUAAAUUAUUUUUCCAUGGCGAACGUGCGAGGCAGCCGGCCAUUCUUCUCGGGAAACUGCGGGCGUUUCGCCACGAUAUGAGAGACUAGACGGGACUAUUAUUAGUGGCACGCGAGCCAUUGUCUCAGGCCUAAUUGCCAUUGCGACAUCAUUUACCGCACUCGCGCAAAUAAGAGGCACACAUAUAUCUGCGACGGGAAGCUUCUUUAAUUAAUCGGCACGACGGCGAUGCACGUAAGGCGCAACACGUGGGAGUGAUCGGACGUCUUGGACACGGCAGCAGCGGUGAUACGAAUCGCGUUAAACAUCUGAAUCGUGGAAUGCAAUUAUCUAGUUCACGAAUGGAAGAAGGUCAUCGUCGUGUCAUCGAGUUGGCUGAGCGAUUAACUACACCUAUGCGAGAGAUGAUUCUCGAGACUUUCUAACUUACCCGCCUCGCACCGGCCUACAUUCCUUAAUUCAACCGGCACAAUUCUAGUUUUGAAUUGACACAUCUAUCCCGCCCCGGCAUGAUGACAUCUUUUCGUGCAUCUGAGAAACCUUGCGAACUUGCGAGCACAUUCAUUGUAAGAUCUGUGGCAGCGUCCAUUGAAUCGACGGAGAAUCAAUUUUGUACAAACGUUGGAUAAGUGAGUUGUUCUCCCGGCGGAAAUGAUAGAGAGACAUCGUUCGCGCCAACUUGCGCGAAAAAUUGCAUGCAACCAGCGAGUUUGCAACCCGCAUCGCAUUUUAUUUGUAAUCAAUUUCGGGAGAUAUUUAGCGAUACAUUGGCAGAUAUAUGCGACGGAGACUGUCGCAUCGCUUCGCGCGAUCGAAAAGUCUAGCGAAUUCCGAAUUCGCAUACAUGCGUAUCGCCUCGCCGUCUUUUUUCUCGUCUUCGACUCGCCGGCACAUAAGAAGAGAAGGAUGUUCGUCGACCAGUUAUAAGUAACGGGUACGUCGACCGCGUUCUACGAGGCAGGUGAGGCCGGUGAAUAAACGCCGCGUGAGUCUACGCGAGAGAUCGAAGCCACAGGAGAUCUCGUUUCGAGCCACAAAAAAUUCCAGUCGCGUCGCGAGCAAGUACGCAAGUGGAAAAACCUUCGUUCCCUCCUAGACGGUCUUCUUCGUUGAUUUUCCCCGGGAAAAUGUCGCCUUUGGUGCUUCUGCUCAGCGUGCUUCUCCUGUCGCUUUGCUGUGCGUCAUCCGGUGCAUCCGGUGAGUGCGAAUAUUCUCGUGCAUUUGUAUGUCGCGCGUUCGAAUAAACAAACGUGCGUGUUUUUUCUUAAGCGCUGCGCAAAAUGCGUAUAUAUACGCUCGUCGCAUACGAUAUCGUCGAAUACGAUAGUGCUGAUAACGUGAAAUGUUUUUUAUAAUUUUUAUCGCCAACGCAAACAGAAGUUUCGUAAUAUGUUGUUCGCCGAGCAUUCCUCAACUUCCACACGCACGGUAAACGUAAUAAAAGUUAAUUUAGCUCGCAAAGCCGUCGGGAGCCCGACGGUGAGAUCACACAACGACACGAUAACGCAGCGGCGAUGUAAUAAAACGCUAAUAAUAAGAACUGUGUAUAUUUUUAUACAUAGAGACUGUAUAUGUAUAUAUAUAUAUAUAUUAUAUGUAUUUUUUGUAAAAUAUACGUCGUCCCUAACGCAUCCGUUAAGGCGAGACUUCACAAACA